AAAAAAAAAAAAUCAAUGGCAAUUUGUUCAUUCAAUCCAAAAUCCCAAACCUACACUUCCCCAAGGCCCCCUCUCAAGCUCCCAACAAGCCCUGACCUCUCACUCACCUCCUUUAUUUUCCAAUCCACUUCCUCCAUCCCUCAUCACACCGCUCUCAUCGAUGCUACUUCUAACGAAACCCUAACCUUUCUUCAACUCAAAGCUCAUGUUUCAUCUCUUGCUUAUGCAUUACGCCACCAAUUUCACGUUGCUAAACAUGAUGUCGUCCUUAUCUUUGCCCCCAACUCAAUACGUUUCCCCAUAUCUUUCCUUGCUAUCGUCUCUCUUGGUGCCAUUGCCACCACUGCCAACCCUUCUUUCACUUUCACUGAGAUAUCCAAACAAGUCAAAGAUUCCAAUCCCAAGCUUAUCAUCACAAUCCCUCAGCUUUAUAGCAAAGUUAGCCAGUUCAAUGUUCCAUUGGUUUUCUUACAAUCAUCAAGCUCCCCCAACUUAUCAUCAGCUAUUCCAAAAGUCUCCUUUUACUCGGAUAUUAUAAAAAACUACGCUGACCAUUUUUUGAAUUCGAAUAACGAUGUACAGCAGAACGAUGUGGCGGCAUUGAUGUACUCAUCUGGAACAACCGGAACCAGUAAAGGGGUGAUGCUGACACAUAAAAAUUUCAUCGCUUCGACCUUAAAUUUCACGGCCGAUCAAGACAGGUACAUGGAAGGAAGGAGUGUAUGUUUGUGUUUCUUGCCAAUGUUUCAUGGGUUUGGUUCCGUCUUAACGUUGGCACAGUUGAGAAGAGGAAAUGUAUUGGUUUCGAUGGCCAAGUUUGGGCUGGACAAAGUGUUGGGUGCCAUCGAGAAGUACAAGGUCACGCAUAUGUUCGUUGUGCCUCCGGUUAUUGUUUCUUUGGCAAAGCAGUGGCAGAUGAUGAACAAUAAGUAUGAUUUAUCAUCGUUGAAGCAAAUUAUAUGUAGUGCAGCCCCACUGAGCCGAGAUUUGAUCGAGACAUGUGCCAACAUUUUGCCCCAUGUUGAAAUUUUUCAGGGAUAUGGUAUGACAGAAGCUUGCGGGAAAAUUUCAAUGGAAAAUCCGAAGGAAGGCCUUGGUUUCUCGGGAUCAACCGGAAGUCUAAUGCCUCUAAUUCAAGCCAAAAUUGUUAGUGUAAGCACAAUGAACCCCCUUCCUCCAAAUCAGAUUGGAGAAAUAUGGAUUCGAGGACCCACAAUUACACCAGGUUAUUUUAACAAUCCAGAAGCUACAAAGUUAGGUAUAGAUGAGCAAGGAUGGUUACGUACUGGUGAUCUAGGUUAUUUCGAUGAACAAGGACAGUUAUUUGUUGUAGAUCGAAUAAAGGAGCUUAUCAAAUGUUAUGGUUUUCAGGUGGCACCCGCAGAGUUAGAAGGAUUACUUCUUUCUCAUCCAGACAUUACUGAUGCCGUUGUUAUUCCAUUUCCCGAUGUUAAAGCUGGAGAGGUUCCGAUUGCAUACGUUGUUCGAGAUCCCAAUAGUUCACUAACUGAAGAAGAUUUUAAACAAUUCGUGGCAAAUAAGGUUGCACAUUAUAAAAAAUUACGAAGGAUUACUUUCUUGGAAAGUGUCCCAAAAUCAGCUUCUGGAAAAAUUUUGAGAAGAGAACUAAUAGAAAAAGUUCGAUCCAAGAUAUAAAGUCAAGAGUUCGUUACCGAUAUUCGGCAAAAUAUUGGUUUGGACUUAAAUAUUUAGAACAAGUGUAUACACAAACUUUUAAUUUUCAUCUUAAUAUCUUUCUUACUACAACUCAACAUAUAUCUGAACUAAUAUUUGACAAUUGUGAAUUUCUUAGGUCCAAAGCUACUGCUAUAAUUUUUAUUGGACACAAUUUGCCUAGCAGAAAUCUAAUAUUUAUGGCAUUUCCAUAUAAAAGAAAUGAUACUUUUCGUUUUUCUAA